UGCGUCUGAGUGUGCCUUUGGCGCAGUGUGCUACACUAGAUGGGAGACAUCUAAUGGUACGUUUGGUGUAGGAUUCUUGACCGCAAAGUCCCGAGUUGCACCCCUGAAGGCAUUAACAAUUCCGAGGUUGGAGCUACAAGCAGCUGUGGUAGCCACCAGACUAUACACAUCUAUAACCAAGGAAAUGACUGUCAAGUUUAAAAAAUCUAUUUUCCUCUCAGACUCGAUUAUUGCUUUAUCCUGGAUAAGAGGUCAGUCGCGUCUCUACAAGCCGUUUGUUGCCAACAGAGUGUCUGAGAUCCAAGGCAACACCGAUCCAUCAGACUGGAAGCACAUACUAGGAGAGUUCAAUAUUGCAGACCAAGUCUCCAGAGGCGUGAGUGUGAGUGACUUAAAAGGUGAAUGGAAAGAAGGACCUUCAUUUCUGAGCUUGCCUGAAAUUGAAUGGCCAUGUUCCAUCCCUAGGGAAAGUAAAGAAGGUGUAGAUGCCGAAAAACGGAAGCCCAAACCUGUAAUGCUCAUACAGCAGCUAGAAGCAGCAAUUAACAUCAAUAGAUACUCAAAUUGGCGAAGACUUCUACGGGUGACAGCAUAUGUUUUCCGAUUUAUAGUGCACACCAGAGCAAAGUGCUGCGUGGAUGAUGGCCCACUAUCUGCACACGAAUUAUUGGUAGCUGAAAGACACUGGGUGAGGGAUGCUCAAAAAUCCCUAAAGGAGAUUAAGGAAUACAAGUCUCUAAGUCCAUUUAGAGUGAACGGUAUAGUAUAUGUAGGAGGUCGUACAAGUAACAAGAGACUCGCAUAUGACCAGGCCUAUCCUGUCCUUCUGCCAAGAUGCCACAGAGUCUCAUAUCUGAUUACCAGACAGAUACAUGAAACUGGCCACUAUGGCGUCGCUACAACUGCCGCAAAAGUAAGGCGAAGAUUUUGGAUUGUAAAGGCAACCACCUUAGCUAAGACUUUGAAGUUCCAGUGUACUAAAUUUCGAGCUUUUGAGCACAAAGCAGAAAAUCAGUUGAUGGCGGAACUGCCCAUAGAACGAGUUACACCUUAUUCACCACCGUUCCACUAUACCGCAAUAGACUACUUUGGACCUUAUCAUGUUAAAGUAGGAAGGAACAAGUCGACAAAGCAAUACGGGGUGAUAUUGACGUGUUUGACGACCCGUGCUGUACACCUAGAGCUUGAUGUUGAUUGUUCAACACAGGAAUUCAUACAAGUACUGAGAAGAUUCUACGCAAUUAGAGGUCGACCCAAAGUCAUACAAAGUGACAAUGGCACGCAGUUUGUGAGGGCAGAACGAGAACUAAGACAGAUGAUAGCUGGUUGGAAUAAAGAUCAACUAAAGGAGUACUGUGCUAAUGAACAGGUAACCUGGAGAUUCACUACACCAUUAGCCCCUCGCCACAAUGGCUGCGCCGAAUCACUGGUAAAGAGUUGCAAACAUGCUUUAAAGAAAUCUAUAGGAGAUCAACGUCUGACGCCGUUUGAAUUGUACACAUACUUCCAGGAAGUGGCAAACUUGAUUAAUGAAAGGCCGAUUGGUAGAAAGCUGAAUGAUCCUGAUGACGGUUCAUUUAUUUGCCCGAAAACGACAUUCUGUUGGGGAGAUCCACAAGCCAUGUACCUCAGGGCCCCUUCAGGGAAACCAAAAACCCACGGAGACGUGUAGAGUUCGUCCAGAAGCUAGUCAAUGCGUUCUGGAAAGUUUGGAUUAGGGAUGUGUUUAUUUCUCUUGUACCACGCAAGAAAUGGAGUAUUGAAAGAAGAGAUGUACGAAUUGGUGAUGUAGUGAUGUUAGCAGACCCCAAUUCAGCUCGAGGAAAAUGGACCAUUGCAAGGAUUACCGAUGUAUAUCCAGGAAAGGACGGCCACGUGCGCAGUGUAUCUGUAAAAACCCCCAAUGUGAAUUACGUUCGUCCCAUAACUAAGUUAGCUGUUACAUAUCCAGUUGAGGGAUACGAAUAGAUCCAAGUUUAUGUGAAUUCCUCACAUGGUGGGGGAGGGUGUUUCGUCUAGAAACUAUUGUUUGAGAGCGCAUUUUAUUUUUUAUAUUUCUACUUGAGGGCACUAGAUUUGCAUGGGUAAUUCGGAUCUCGCCGCUGAAUUCAAUGCAACACAUCAUAAUUUGUCUCUAGUAUUCACUGGGUUUUACCGUUUAAAACCAUACCUGAUGUUAAUGAAUUUCGUUAAGAUGUUAUAAUUGAAUAAAAGUUCAUCUAGUUAUUUAUACUGGAGUUAUCUCAAUACUUUCUCUCCACGUCUGAGCUGAUCCCUGCCUCGCCACAA